ACACGCAGCAAACCAGAGACCAAAAUGACAGAUUCAAAGUACUUCACCACUACUAAGAAAGGGGAGAUAUUUGAGCUGAAGGCAGAGCUGAACAGUGACAAGAAAGAAAAGAAGAAAGAGGCUGUGAAGAAGGUGAUUGCCUCUAUGACAGUUGGCAAAGAUGUCAGCGCUCUCUUCCCGGAUGUUGUCAAUUGCAUGCAGACAGACAAUCUGGAACUGAAGAAGCUGGUUUACCUUUACCUGAUGAAUUAUGCCAAGAGCCAGCCAGAUAUGGCCAUCAUGGCUGUGAAUACAUUUGUCAAGGAUUGUGAAGAUCCAAACCCCCUCAUCCGGGCCCUGGCAGUACGUACAAUGGGCUGCAUCCGGGUUGAUAAGAUAACAGAGUAUCUGUGCGAGCCGCUGAGGAAGUGUUUGAAGGACGAAGAUCCCUACGUGCGCAAGACGGCAGCGGUCUGUGUUGCAAAGCUUCACGACAUCAAUGCACAGCUAGUGGAGGACCAAGGCUUUUUGGAUACCUUGAAGGACCUGAUAUCGGAUUCCAACCCUAUGGUGGUCGCCAACGCAGUCGCAGCCCUCUCGGAGAUAGCAGAAUCCCACCCGAGCAGCAACCUGCUGGACUUGAACCCGCAGUCGAUCAACAAGCUGCUGACGGCCCUGAACGAGUGCACAGAGUGGGGCCAGAUCUUCAUCCUCGACUGCCUGGCCAACUACAUGCCCAAGGACGACCGUGAGGCCCAGAGCAUCUGUGAGCGGGUGACUCCCCGGCUGUCCCACGCCAACUCUGCCGUAGUCCUUUCAGCUGUGAAAGUGUUAAUGAAGUUCAUGGAGAUUAUCUCCAAGGACCUGGAUUAUUAUGGCACGUUGCUGAAGAAACUGGCUCCCCCGCUUGUCACCCUGCUGUCGGCGGAGCCGGAGCUGCAGUAUGUGGCGCUCCGGAACAUCAACCUCAUAGUGCAGAAAAGGCCUGAAAUCCUGAAGCAUGAGAUGAAAGUUUUCUUUGUGAAGUACAAUGACCCGAUCUAUGUCAAACUGGAGAAACUGGACAUCAUGAUCCGCCUGGCCUCCCAAGCCAAUAUCGCGCAGGUGCUUGCUGAGUUGAAGGAGUACGCAACAGAAGUGGACGUGGACUUUGUGAGGAAAGCUGUCCGAGCCAUUGGCCGCUGUGCCAUCAAGGUUGAGCAAUCUGCAGAGCGCUGUGUGAGCACGCUGCUUGACCUCAUCCAAACCAAGGUCAACUAUGUGGUGCAGGAGGCCAUUGUGGUCAUCAAGGACAUUUUCCGCAAGUACCCCAACAAGUAUGAGAGUGUGAUCGCCACCCUGUGUGAGAACCUGGACUCCCUCGAUGAGCCGGAGGCCCGAGCUGCCAUGAUCUGGAUUGUAGGAGAAUAUGCCGAGCGCAUUGACAAUGCUGAUGAGUUGCUGGAGAGCUUCCUGGAGGGGUUCCACGAUGAGAGCACCCAGGUGCAGCUGCAGUUGCUGACGGCCAUCGUGAAGCUUUUCCUAAAGAAGCCCACCGAAACCCAGGAGCUGGUGCAGCAGGUCCUGAGCUUGGCUACCCAGGACUCGGACAACCCUGACCUGAGAGACCGUGGCUACAUCUACUGGCGUCUGCUUUCCACUGACCCUGUGGCAGCCAAGGAAGUGGUCCUGGCUGAGAAGCCCCUCAUCUCUGAGGAGACGGACCUGAUUGAGCCCACUCUGCUGGAUGAGCUGAUCUGCUACAUUGGGACGCUGGCCUCUGUCUACCACAAGCCCCCCAGCGCCUUUGUGGAGGGGAGCAGAGGCAUCGUUCACAAGAGUCUCCCGCCCCGUACAGGCUCAAGUGAGAGUGCAGAAAGCCCAGAUGUUGCUCCUGCGGGGGCGCCACCUUCUGAGCAGCCUGCAGUCAUCCCCACGCAGGGUGACCUUCUGGGUGACCUACUCAACCUCGAUCUCGGACCACCAGUGAGCGGCCCUCCGAUUGCCACAUCAUCAGUGCAGAUGGGAGCUGUGGACCUUCUGGGCGGUGGCCUGGACAGCCUGAUGGGAGGGCCCAGCUUUGCAGCUCCCAGCGCGGUCAUGCCCCAGAACUUGGGGGCACCCCUUGGAGGCGGUUUGGGAGACCUCUUUGACCUGGCUGGCAGCGUGGGCGCUUUGUCAGGAUCGUACGUGGCUCCCAAAACGGUCUGGCUCCCAGCCGUGAAAGCCAAAGGUCUGGAGAUUUCAGGGACCUUCAGCCGCCAGGUGGGCUCCAUCUCCAUGGACCUGGUCCUAGCUAACAAGGCCCUGCAAGUCAUGUCUGACUUCGCCAUCCAGUUCAACCGGAACAGCUUCGGUUUGGCCCCUGCCGCUCCUCUCCAAGUCCAUGCCCCUCUUGCUCCGAACCAGAGUGUGGAAAUCUCCCUUCCCCUGAACACAGUUGGCUCAGUAAUGAAGAUGGAUCCCCUUAAUAACCUUCAGGUGGCAGUGAAAAACAACAUAGAUGUGUUCUACUUCAGCACCCUCUACCCCCUGCACAUCCUCUUUGUGGAAGAUGGGAAAAUGGAGCGGCAGAUGUUCCUGGCUACCUGGAAGGACAUCCCAAAUGAGAAUGAAGCACAAUUUCAGAUUAAAGACUGCCCUCUCAGCGCAGAUGCAGUUAGUAGCAAACUGCAGGGCAGCAACAUCUUCACCAUAGCGAAGAGGAACGUGGAGGGCCAAGAUAUGCUGUACCAGUCGCUCAAGCUGACCAACGGAAUCUGGGUCUUGGCAGAACUGCGAAUCCAGCCAGGGAAUCCAAACUUCACGCUCUCUCUGAAGUGCCGUGCCCCCGAAGUCGCGCAGCAUGUUUUCCAGGCCUACGAAACCAUUCUGAAGAACUGAUGUCCUCGGGCCACCCUCCUCCUC